CCGCUUCCACGACGUACUGACACUGACAGACAAGCCUUCAAUUGCUCGACAACUGCAUUCAUCGGGUCGACAUAACAUUUCAACGGACCAAUGGCCUCUCGUGAGCCUGAAUUAUGCGGAGCAUGGAUCUCCGGGCCUCAAAAUGCCGCCCUGUCUCUCGGCAUUUCGAAGCGAUGCUGUUACUUUCCGUCGCAAAGAAAAUGUCAUCACAGCCCCGCCGGUGUCUGAUCAACGACAGAGAGCGGGCUAGCCAACAACUCAUAACGUGUCUUGAGAGCGACGCUCAACAAGUUUCCGACCCCCUCUGCUGUCGAAGGGUAGUCCACUGUUUCUCGCUCUCUUUUCUUUGCAUUCGCUAUCUUAGUCCCUGGUGGGCAUGUUGUCAUUCUUUUCUCCCGCUUCGUGCGCUUUCAUCUUGUUGGCGCUGUCGCGCUAUGUUCUCUCUGCGCCCAUAGCUUCGUCGGGAACAGGAGCGGAUACUCAAAAUCAAACCUCACCUUCUCCUGCCUUCGUAAUAUAUACAAACAAAUUCGUCUCUUCGAGCGUGCUCCCACCAGUGAACGAGCUCAAGGGGUAUAAUGUUGUAGCGCUUUCAUUCCUCCUCCUCAAGGGACCGUUCGAUCAAGCUGCUGCAUGGGCUGCCUUGCCCGAUGCACAACGAGCUGCUACAAAGACGGAGUAUGCCAACGCAGGCAUCCGCCUCAUCGUGUCCGCGUUCGGUGACUCAGAGGAGCCAACCACCAGCAAGUCGGACCCCCUCGCCACGGCGAACUCCAUGGCUCAGUUUGUACUCUCUAGCGGGCUGGACGGCAUCGAUGUCGACUACGAGGACUUGGAUGCGAUGAACAAGGGUGAUGGCGUUGCCGAGGCUUGGCUCGUCACCUUCACUCAGACACUCCGUCAACAUUUGCCCAAGGGGCAGUUCAUUCUGAGUCAUGCUCCUAUCGCGCCAUGGUUCUCGCUGAACUCCGUGUUCCUCAAAAGUGGCGCAUAUAGGACCGUCAACAAACAAGUCGGCCACCUGAUUGAUUGGUACAACAUCCAGUACUACAACCAGGGUGCGAACGAGUACACAGACUGCACCAGCAUCGUCUCCAGUUCGGGAACUCAAUUCCCCCAGUCAUCCAUUCUUGAGCUUGCAGCGGGAGGCAUUCCCGCUAGCAAGCUCGUCAUUGGAAAAUUCGCCACUGUUUCCAAUACAACGACGGGAUUCAUGGACCCGAAGACCCUGGGGGAAUGCGUCUCGUCCGCUGAGCAGCAGGGGUGGAGCGCGGGCAUAAUGGCUUUCGAGUAUCCCGACGCGGACGCUAGCUGGAUUGCGGCCGCGCGGGGUUCGGCAUUCCCGAUUAUCUCUUGAAGACCGUCUCUGCAUACUCUAUGCAAGUCAAUCGUGUUAUUUACCGGCAACGGUACUCCAGACCAAGGCGAGCCAAGAGCGUGAUCGCAUGCGUUAAGAGAGAGUGGAUGCAUGAUGCCGGACUAUCGAAGCUAAGCGAGACGAACGAAGUGAAACGGAGUAUAUCGUACAACAGCAUAAAGCAUGAUGAAAUCGUGUGCUAGCAUAGAUCAUCACAUCAC